AUGCCUACUCCGUUCGUAGGCCGCUCUGAAGUCGACGUUCUAAUUAUUGGCGCUGGCCCUGCUGGGCUCAUGUGCGCGAAUGCCCUGGCAUGUGCGAGAGUCAAUGUCCGGAUCGUCGAUCAAAAGGCCUUCAAAAUAACUACUGGUAGUGGUGAUGGAAUCUCACCUCGCACUAUUGAAGUUCUGCAGAGUUAUGGACUUGCAGAGCGCCUUCUAAAGGAAUGUAACCAAAUCCAUUUCGCGGCAUUCUACAAUCCUUCGUCGACCGGCGGCAUCGAGCUUACCAACAGGACACCAAACAUAACAGCUCCGUCUGCAAGAUACCCGUUCGAGGGUACGCUUGAUCAAGGAAUCAUUCAAAACAUCUUCUUGGAUUCCAUGGCAUCGCUGGGCGUUGAGGUCGAACGAUCUACGAUACCGACUUCAAUCGAGCUCUCUAAGGAUGAAGACGAGUUGAAGGAUCCCACGUCUUAUCCUGUUCGUGUUGCGCUUCAACGACUAGACAAGUCCAAGGAUGAACAAGAAGAAAUUGUCCACGCUAAAUUUGUUCUUGGUGGUGAUGGCGCUCACUCGUGGGUCCGCAAACAAUUCGGCAUCACGAUGGAUGGAGAACAGUCUGAUUCCAUCUGGGGUGUCGUGGACUUCGUGCCAGACACCGACUUCCCGGAUAUCAGGAAUAAGUGCCUCGCGCAAUCCAACCACGGCUCACUCUUCGUCAUUCCUCGAGAGAAGGAUUACGUUCGGCUAUAUGUACAACUGGAAGACAAAGAUGUCAUCGAUCCAGCGACGGGCAGGGUGGACAAGGACAGAAUGGGUCCAGAGCAGAUUCUUGAAACUGCCCAGAAAUUGCUUGAGCCGUACAAGCUUGUCCAGAAGAGUGAUUUUUUGUGGUGGACUAUAUAUAGCGUUGGGCAACGGGUGGCUUCGCAGUUCUCCGUCAAAAAUCGAGUAUUUAUCGCUGGCGAUGCUUGCCACACCCAUUCUCCUAAAGCAGGACAAGGGAUGAACGCGAGUAUCAACGAUACUCAUAAUCUAGCUUGGAAAAUCGCUCUAGCUGUACGUGGGUGGGCGGACAUGUCACUAUUGUCAACGUACGAAUCAGAGCGACGUAAAUUCGCAUUAGAACUGAUCGCAUUCGAUAAAAAAUGGUCCACCCUUGUCUGUGGCCAGCCUUUGACUGAGCAAAACAACGAUGGUGUUUCGCCCGAACAUCUCGUGGAAACGUUCCAAACAGACUUCACCAGUGGCAUUGGGAUACACUAUCAUCCUUCAGUUGCAGUAAAUGACAGAUACCAGGAGCUGGCUGGUGGUCUUGUCCUCGGAAAACGUGUCCCUCCGUACAAAUUCAUGCGGGCAGCAGACGCACGGUCAUUCGAGCUCCAGGACCUUCUUCCUUCGGACUUUUGCUUCAAGUUACUUGUGUUUACGGGUGAUUUCAACGAUCCGCUUCAACAAGCGAGGGUCGAGUCGAUGGUCGCGAACAUACAGAAACGGGAGAGCUUCCUCAACCGUUACGCGAUGCGUGGAAACUCACCAUUCGACAUCAUUACGAUCAGCAAAGGCCGGAAGGAUACGUUUAAUAUCUUGCGGCUCCCUACGCUUCUUCGCUCUCAUUGGUCGAAGGUGUUUGUCGAUGACACUGAAUCCACCGGUAGCUUUGGUGGAGAAGGUUACUCGUAUUAUGGAGUGGGACCCGAGGGGGCGCUGGUUGCUGUUCGUCCUGAUGGCUAUGUUGGAGCCAUCGCUCCACUGGAUCGCGUUGGGGUGCUUGAUGCAUAUUUUGCUUCUUUCAUGAAGAUCCCCGCCAAGUUCAUACUAUAG